AUGGUUAUCAUAUCAUCCAUCUUAGACGAUGAAUCAAUUUUAAUACGAAUUAAUUGUCGAACGAAUUUAUUUUAUAAUCAGGAUAUUGAUGAAAUAUAUAAUGCUUUCCGUGUUCUUUUAAUUGAUAGUGGUUAUUAUUUAAAUUCUCCAUUAAAUAUUUAUUUAACACGUGAUAAAGCUUUUACAAAUGAUGGAAAAUAUUCUUUAGAUGAUGUUACAAUUGAUGAUCUACUUGAAACAAAUGUGAAUGAUAAAAAACAAAAAAAUGAUGAUUAUCGACGUAUUUAUCCAUGGCAAAUUAUAUCCGGAAAAAUAUUAAGAUAUACAACAGGUGAUGAAUCUUGUUAUACGCCAGUCAUUGAAAAGUGCAAUACAAAUAAAAAAGGACAAGAUCUUUCUCUUCAACUUGAUCUACUUAUUGUUGUUAAACGAUCAACUACAAUAGCUGAUGUACGUCGUCAACUUGAAGGACAACUUACACAACAACUAGAUAUAUUAGAAAAUAGUACUAAUAAUGAAAUACAAAAUAAAAUCAACAAGACAUUCCGACAUUAUUAUAUUAAAUCCAUUAAUCAAAUAUUUACGUUUUUAGAUGGUGAUAAUGAUAAAGUUCGAAAUGAACUUCAAAUGAAAUAUCCUCAAUUAUCAAUAAAUCAACCAUUUGUUUCAAUAGAUUUUGGUGAUGGACAAUUAUUAUCUCUAAUGAGUAGUGGACGACUUUUUGAUGUACAUAAAAAUCUUUCAUCAAAAGUCAAAGGUGGUCAACAAACAUUAAUUGAUGGUCAUUAUGCAUAUUAUCAUUAUAUGCAAGAUAAUUUUGAUGAUAAUAUGUGGGGUUGUGCUUAUCGAUCAUUACAAACUAUUUGUUCAUGGUUUAUUCUACAAGGUUAUACAACAAAAUCAGUACCAACACAUACACAAAUUCAACAAAUUCUUGUUGAUAUUGAAGAUAAACCAAAAAAAUUUUUAAAUUCUCGUCAAUGGAUUGGUAGUAUGGAAGUAUCAUUUGUUUUACAAAAUUAUUUAAAUGUUGAAUGUAAAAUUAUUCGAGUUGAACGUGGAGCUGAUAUGAUGGAGCAUGUACGUGAAAUUAUUAAUCAUUUUAAUAAAGAAGGAACUCCAAUUAUGAUUGGUGGUGGUGUUUUAGCUCAUACAAUAUUAGGUGUUGAUUUUAAUGAAUCAACAGGUGAUUCAAUGUUACUUGUUCUUGAUCCACAUUAUACAGGAGUAGAUGAUAUUAAAAUUAUUCAAGAUAAAGGUUGGGUCGGUUGGAAACCUUGGUCAUUUUGGUCACAAGAAGCUUUUUAUAAUCUCUGUUGUCCAUUACGACCUAAAAUUGUUUCUUGA